AGGUGACGACCGAUUGCCAUGAGUUCAAAUAUUUUCCUCUGAUUUGCUGUUCGCUGGGCCGAAGUGAGGGAUGGCUACGGAAGCCAAGUACAGCAUCGUUCGAGAAGUGGGUCGAGGGAGCUAUGGGGUGGUUUAUGAGGCCAUCGUUAAUCAAACUAGAAGCAAAGUAGCUGUAAAAAGGAUGCAUUGUAACGUGCCCGAAAACGUAGAACUGGCUUUGCAAGAGUUCUGGGCCCUGCAGAGCAUCCAGAGGCAACAUGAAAACGUGAUCCAGUUGGAGGAGUGUAUCCUGCAGAACGGCCAAGUCUUUCAGCCGAUUAGUCAUCGUUACAGGAAAUCAGACAGCCAUUUGCUGCUAAUUGAGACCUGCCUGAAAGGGCGGAGGUGCAUGGAUCCCAAAUCGGCCUGCUUUCUCUGGUUUGUGAUGGAGUUUUGUGACGGUGGCAACAUGAACGAAUACCUGCUGUCUCGCAGCCCGGAUGCUCAGCUGAAUAACAGCUUCAUGCGGCAGCUCAGCAGCGCCGUGGCUUUCCUGCACAGAAACCAGAUAGUGCAUAGAGACCUGAAAUCCGACAAUAUUUUGAUUUCUCACAGACGUGGAAGUCCCAUAGUAAAGGUAGCAGAUUUUGGCCUCAGCAAGGUGUGUCAGGGGAAAGGGAAUGUGAACCAGCAUCGCUUCUCCUCUGCCUGUGGGUCAAACUUCUACAUGGCUCCAGAAGUAUGGGAAGGUCACUACACUGCGAAGGCUGACAUAUUUGCCCUUGGGAUCAUUUUCUGGGCUAUGGUCGAGAGGAUCACCUUCCGAGACGGGGAUACUGAGAAGGAAUUGCUCGGAACUUACAUCUGCCAAGGCAAGGAGCUUAUUCCCCUCGGAGAAGCGUUGCUGGAGAAUCCCAACAUGAAAUUACAAAUUCCCCUGAAGAACAAGAAGUCCAUGCCGGAUGAUCUCUGCAAGCUCCUGCACGAUAUGCUGGCUUUUAACCCAAAGGAAAGAUUGGAUGCCUUCCAACUAGAAGUCCGAAUCAGGCAAAUCUCCUACGGCAAAAAGCGUCAACGCUCUGUCUCAUAGAGACGAAGGACGUUCAGGUAUCGUGUCCCGCUGUGAUCUGGAGGCCUCGGAGAUGGCGAACAGCUCUGCCUUCCUUUGGAAUGAGUGGGUCGAUCAGAAUACCAUUGCGGCUUCCAGUUUUCCCGAACGGUUAUAUUUAAAUGGACAAUAACUUUAUUUAUUUGUACAGUAAUUUUAAGAGGAGAACUACAAAAAAAUCUAUUUUUAUGCAAAGCUUCGGUGUUUUUAUAUUUGCGUUCUUUUAUGCAGCCAGUAGCGUAGGUGAAAACUUGGCUGGGGUGACCUUGACUGUCUGGCCGUACUCGGCACAGUCGUAGAGGAGUUUCUGAACUUGCUCUUUUCAAAGCAACCCUUGUGCAUCCUUUUGUUGCCGUCCUGUGACUGCCCUUUCGAAGGACGGCAAAGAAACGUGCAGAAACUGUCUGGAGACGGGCUUCUCUGCCCCAUUGAGUGUUGACUGCCUUUCCAGCCCUGGCUUCUCACUGAUAAUGCCAUGUUGCUUGUCCUUUGCACAGAAGUUGUCUUUAGGAGGUUUAAUUGGAGCUUUUUUUUGUGCGUGUAAUUCUUCGCUCCGUGUUGCUUGGCCACGUAACUGAGUGAUGUCUGCUGAAUGAGCUGGCAAAGUGUUCAGUGUCUAUUCUGAAAAGUUUGAGCAGAAACAAAAAUGUAUUUUCUUCACAGUAGCUUUUGAAUAUUCUUGCUUAGAUUAACUAAAAUGCUUUCUUAAAAUAAAUACAAAGAAUGUUAAAGAUGCCAACUCUUGAUUAGAACGUAUGCGUCACUAACACUUAAAGUAGUUUAAGGAAUCAUGCUUCCUGCUGUGUUAGCUGCUUGUGCCAGCUGUUCUUACAAGAGAAAUGAAAAGGACUGAACUGGAAUCUUGGCAGGUAAAUGGGGAGUCUAAUUUGCACCCUGUUUGAAAAAUAUUUUAACGUAUCUGUAAACUACUGCUGAUCUUCGCUUUUCUUAAGGAGCUGGGAGCUCCUGGCAAAGGUUCCUCCCAUGCUCUUCUGUUGUGCAGAGGUGAAAUGGCGUCCUUCAGGGACAGCUUCCUUUUGUAGGAAAGGAAUAAACUGCCAAAAGAAAGGUAACGUGGUGAGCCCCUCUGCGCCACCUAUGCCACACAGAGGACAGAAAUACAUGUAUUUCUGUUAAAAAUAAUAGCUUAUAUAGUUCUUCCCCCCAUCCUACUCUACUAAGAUUGUGGCUGCAAUAUAGAAGACUGUAUUAUAAGCAUUGUGUCAUAAGGUAAAUUCACAGAAAGGAUCUUUCUUCCUGCCAUGACUUUAUCCAGAGGCUCCACUGGCCUGCCAUGGGGAAGCAUAACAUUUUCUCACCUGCUCCUCCAGGCUGUAAAAUAUGUUUGUCCUGCACAAACAAGCAUUAAUUGACCUCCGUUGCUGUAGCAGGUAACAAACGGACUGCCCAACAGGAGUGGUCCCUGAAAAGAGCUGGCAUGGGAACAUAUAAAAACUAAGUUAAUUCAAAUUGUUAAAUUAAACUUGACUUUUGAAUUUAGAGAAUCCCUAGUCACACAGCGCUAGUGGCGUAUGAAGUGUGUGCAGCAAUGAUAGACACGGUCGCUUUGAAGCUCAUUCAGCUCUUGACGCCUCUGUGCAGCCCGACCGUACGGUGACUGGAAACGAGCUGAAAAUGGGGGUCUGGACCUUCUGUUAUUGAGAGCCGCAGUCACCCUGUUCUGCAGAGCACUUCUGUCUUCUGGUCUGGCUUUGAUUGCAGCCCUACACCUGCAGUACAGCCCGGUCCUACCUAAUUCUAGUUGUUGCCUUGAUUUCUAACUCGUCUUGGAGUUCUGGGGAAUCAUAACUCAGGACUGUAUGCUGGGUUUUCCUUUCCACGCAGCUUUCUGUUAUAAAUACUCUUCUGCUUUGCAGAGCUGCUGUUCCGAAGUAAGGUUUCUUCAUCCUUCUCUUCCUAAUCCUGCAGCCACGGCUCCUCUAUUGUCUGCUUUCUGCCACCUCUCCUCAGAGCAUGCUGGUGGUCUUCCAGGGCUGUUUUUAGUUGAGACCAGGUCCAUUUUUCCGGAAUACAGAUAGGUUUGCGCACCCUUGCAACACGCGAGAAAAUUGCGGGGCACAAGAAUGGCUGUUUACUCCUUUUCUUCCUUGUUUUGCCAUGCUAGGCGAGUAUCCUCGCAGCUGCUACGUAUUUUUAGCUAGUCUGUACAUAUGCUUUAAUCGCUUGAAACUCUGUACUUCAUAAAUUAAUAAAAUGCUGUGGUUUUUUACUAAUGCAUGAAAAAGUGUGGUAAUACUGAGCAUCUCUUUAGAAUCACAUGACACUUUUUUUUUAAGGU